AUGCCUGUGUGUGUGUGUGCAUGCACACCAGAAACAAGAACGGCCAUCUCUGGCUCUAGAAGAGGCCCAGGGGUGGUGCAUCGACGUACAUAA